GCAAGUUGAACAUCACCUGCCGAGGCCAAGAGAGUAUCGUUCGUGAGUCCGACCGGCCACGGAAACAAGCUUUAGAGCUUCGAACCUCCGCGUCUGAGCUUGGCGCACCACACCGGUUGUUUCAGAUUGUGAACAGCUCUUUGAAGGGGUAGAUGCACCGCAGCAGCAGCAUUCACAUACCGUUGCUUCUUCCGCGUGAUCAUGUGCGAUACACAAUAGGUUAGAGAGGCUUGCACGAACCUUUUCUCCAUCAAAGAUUCAAACGUAAAAGGAUGCGAGUUUGAGUGAUUGUGACAGUGUUUUGUGCAGAUACGGCUUUUUACCAUGGCCCUAGUGAGGAAGUGCACUUUUUUUAAUUGUUUCGUCAGUACGACUUCUUCCCUGUCCCUGGUACUCUUCGUCUGCCUUAACGUACUCCUCUUCAGUCACCCGUCUUCGGCUAGGUCCUUUCAUGUCCAUUGGAACACCACAAACAGCAUAUUCCGCAUCGACAAUACAGACCAUAUUAUAGACGUGAACAAAGGCAAUGUCCAGUUCGAGUAUGACCAAGUCAAUAUAAUAUGUCCAGUGUACAUGCCAGGGACCUACGAUGAGGACGCAGAGAAAUACAUUAUAUACAAUGUGACUAAAGAAGAAUACGAGACGUGCAGAAUAACGAACCCUGAUCCCAAAAUCAUUGCUAUCUGCGAUAAGCCCUAUAAGCUAAUGUACUUCACAAUUACGUUCAGGCCGUUCACGCCUCAGCCUGGAGGCUUGGAGUUUCAGCCUGGAAAGGAUUACUAUUUUAUUUCUACAUCUUCAGGGGAUGAUCUUCAUAGGAGAGUAGGUGGAAGAUGCCUCUCAGAUAAUAUGAAAAUCGUUUUCAAAGUUUGUUGUGCCGAAAAUCAAACGUCAACCACAUCCACCACAAGAUUCAUGAUGCCAUCCACACCAUUCUCGUGGCCAACCAGGCCAACGCCAGGACCAACAACCACGACCACAACCCCAUGGUCUCCCAGAAUCGACCACAUACCUUCAAGGAAACCACCGAAAAAAUCAAACGAAUACGACAAACAUCCUAAUGAAGUGGUCAAAAACGAGGAAUUGACGUACAACACUGGAGUCUGGUUAUCUGCUGCACCCUCUAGUAUUCUUGUCUUAGUUGCAUUAAUAGCAUGCCUAAAGUGGCGGUGAGCAAAGCAAAGGGGUAUUUCCCCGCGUACAACAGUCAGGCACGUUGAUACAUAUUUGUAAAAAUUUUGUAAAUUGAAAGUUGAAAGCGUGCGUAGGACUACCGGCAUGCAGUCAAAACCAGCCAUGAUAAGUGUUCCAUACGCUGGUGGUGUUCCAAUAAAUUGUCCAACAGAAAGAAGACUAAGUGUAUAUAAUUUAUUCGAAUUAGAAAAGACUUAUUUAUUCAAGGGAAUAUUGCGAAAUGAACUUAUUUUGUGAGAGAAUUUGUGAUAAAUGUUUCAAAAGACUACGUUGAAGUGCUCCGAUUGAGUUGAUAUUUUGCCCGAUUUCCUGUCAUUUUUCAUUUACGAAAUUCAUUAAUUAGCCAAAAUGUCUUGUGCAAUUACUCUUUAGAGUCAAACAGUCAUGAAAUGAUGUGAAAUCUGUCGAGAAAUAUUUAAUGUUCGUAUUGUAAAUACAUAAAAGUGAUAUAUUUACUACCUUAAAACGCUUGUUAAUAUUAUUUUUUCUAUUACUCUCACUAUUAAAUGUACCAUUUGCUAUCUUUAAUUUCCUUUUUAGAGUCAAGCAACGACUUACCUAUAUAUUCGAAAAAAACUGUAGGUUUCGUAAGACAAAUAUUUAUACAAAGAAUAUAUGCCAUAUUUUAAACGGUCUAGUUUUUCGGAUUUUUUCGCAUCAUGAUAUUCCGACUCUUCUAUCAAAUAAUUUCCCACCAAUUCACUUAUAGAUAUUAAUAACUACCGUCGUUAUUAUUUUGGAAACAAAAUCGUUUCGGUUUUUGAUGCCUUUUCAAAAACCACAAAAAUUCUUCUGUGAUAAAUUUAGUUUUGGUCUAUUAAAACGUGAAGGGGAUGAAAAUUAUUGUUUAAAAUUAGCUGAUAGAGGAUUCCAAAUGAAAUUAUCAUGGUGCUGAUCCUCCAUAUACUAAAUAGUUGUGUGUCACUUAGCAAACACUAUAUUGAAAUGAAUUAAAUCAGCACGAAAUAUUCGUUGUUGAAUUAUUCUUCAUUUUGUAGAUGUUUUUGUAUGAUUGCAAGUAUGAUGUAAGCCUACAUAAAUGUCUGGCCGGUUAUCAUAAAAUACUAUAUGAUCCGAUAUAACGUGUUUUUGCUUCUGAUUAUCCCAGAUUUUGUACAAUAGCUAUAAAAGAAUUUUGAAAAAGGUCAUAUAAGUUAUUCAUCAAAGCCAUAUUGAAUAAUUUCUUUGAACGUUUCAGUAAUACUACAUACCGUAUACACCAUAAUUAUUCGGGCGAAAUUACCGCAGUACAGUAGAAAUACGUCAAUGAUGAUUAUGUUCAUCCAGUCGAUGUCUAUAUAACUUAUUUCUUAGUGGAUUGUUCAAAAUGAUGCCUAGCAAUUUUGUUCUUUCACCUCCACGGAAACUAGCAGUAUGUCUUUUGUACUUAAUAUUAUUUAAUUAUUUAUCACGCAUAGUCUUUAGUCGCUUUGAGUUGCAGAUCUGGUGAAGCAACUCGAAAUCUCAUCGAUAAAUUUCGUUUCAAUACUCAUUUUUUGGAUCCGUCCACUUCAUUCUUCUGUAUUUUGAUACAGCAAUGAGAACUGUUUCUACGUAUUCGAUGAAAAUUACUGAACCAGUUUUAUAGAAAUAGUAUAAUUUCAUAGUAUUCGCAUUAUUGAAACUAUCAUUUUCAGAAUCCAUAUCGGAGGACGACAUAAAUUCCUCAACACAGUAUUAUCGAAUUUACCAUUCUUGACUAAAUAAAAUAAGUUCAAUAAUCUGAGUGUGUUGUAAUGAAUUGAAUGUAUUUAGAUGUUCAAGACAAAUGUAUAAUUUACGUCAAGUAUACAACUUAGACUUAGCAGCACUACGGUAUGAUUAAAAUGAAGUAUCUUCUACUGUCUUAGAUAUCAGCCAAAAAAAAAUUUCCAUGGAAAAAUUUAUCAAGAUAUAUAUCGGAGAAAAUCUGUUUCCGUAUACAGAGCCAGUAUAACAAAUUUAGCACUGAAUGAUGAAACAAGUUUCUGUUGCCUACUUUUGUAUUCAGCAUAUAUGGGCAGUAUUCCUUGUCGUAUGUUAAAAUGUCUCCCAUUCCUUUGUAAUAGAUCAAUAAACAUAUUUCUUAAU